AUGAUACAAGAGAACAUUCUUGUUUGGAACUGUAGAGGCAUAGUCUGUAAUGAGACUCAACGAGCUCUCGUUGAUUUAGUGCAGCUGAAGAAGCCAAAUCUGAUUUUCUUGGCAGAAACCCUAGCCAAGCCAAACCAUAUUGAAGAUCUGAUGCAUAGGCUAGGUUUUACGGGCAGGGCUUGUUACCCACAUGAGGACGACUCGCAGGGAGUUGCACUACUAUGGAGGAAUGAUAUCAGCGUCAGCGUACGCACCCUUUCACCUCAUCAUAUUGAUGCAGAAAUCGGAGAUCCUGGAGGUCCGGCUCGAUACCGUUUUACUGGAGUGUAUGGUUUUGCAGCACGCAGUGAUCGUACUCGUACAUGGGAUCUGAUCCGAACUCUGAAUGCUGAGCGCUAUGACCUGCCAUGGCUUAUGGCUGGAGAUUUUAAUGAAAUUUUGUGUCAAGUAGAUAAGUCAGGUGGCCCUCCACGUGCUGCAGCACCAAUGGCACAGUUCAGGCAGGUAAUGGCAGAUUGUGGUCUCACAGAUAUGAGCUUCUUUGGUAGCAGGUUUACGUGGUCAAAUAAGUUCACGAAGGAAUGUCUUGAUAGAAGCUUUCAAUCGUUGCAAUGGAGAAUGCUAUACCCUUGUAGCAGAGUGAUCACCUUGCCUCCAAGUGAAUCAGAUCACUGUCCAAUCCUUAUUGAAGUUAGGGCAGAGAGGAGACAUAGGAAGAGGGUUUGUAAGAGAUUCAGGUUCGAAGAAAUAUGGCAUGGGGAGGAGAGAUGCACUGCCAUUAUUCAGAAACACUGGUCUCAGCCCAUAACCGGAAACCUGCUGUUUCAAAUUGAGCAGAAAAUCUCCACUGCUGGUCAGGAACUUCUGAAGUGGCACUCAACUGAGUUCCAACACCAAAGAGCUGAAAUGCAUAUGCUCCAAGCCAAAAUGGAUGUCAUCAUGCGACAACCCUUCUCACCGUCACAAUAUGAGGAGCAAAGGCAACUACAUGUCCGUCAUAGUAAAUUACUUGCCCAACAGGAAAAAUACUGGAGGCAACGAUCCAAGGUAGCAUGGCUCAAGGAUGGAGAUAGAAAUUCUGCUUUUUUCCAUCGGAAAGCUUCUAACCGAAAAUGCAAGAAUACAAUAAAGGGCCUGAUGGAUACCAACAAUGAAUGGACUAAUACAGUUCAGCAAUUAAUUGUAAAUUACUACAAAGAAAUCUUCUCCAUUGAGGGUUCGUGUGAUGAAGCUAUUUCUAAGAUCUUUCGGGCAACUCCAAUGAAAGUUGCUCCAUACAUGAAUGAAGAUUUAUUGAGGCCUUACUCUGAUGAUGAAAUAAAGGCGGCAUUGUUCCAAAUGCACCCCUCAAAGAGCCCUGGACCAGAUGCUCUGUGUAAUGUUAUCUACAGGAUCAAUUCCAAGGUUGUGGCAAAUAGACUGAAGAACUGGCUCCCAGAUAUUAUUUCUCCCCUCCAGAGUGCAUAUGUGCCAGGGCGCUUGAUUUCAGAUAACACUCUAGUUGCUACUAAAGUUGCACACUUUAUGCACAAGCUCAGGCAUCUGGAGGAAGGCUUCUUCUCCCUCAAACUGGAUAUCAGUAAGGCGUAUGAUCGCCUUGAAUGGAAAUUUUUGCAGGCUAUAUUGACUAAAUUGGGGUUUUACUCUAAAUGGAUUCACAUGGUGAUGAGUUGUGUUACGUCAGUCACUUAUGCUAUUCUUUUGAAUGGAGAGCAGUCUGAAUGCAUCACUCCAACCAGGGGAAUUAGGCAGGGUGAUCUACUUUCACCCUACCUUUUUAUACUAUGUGCGGAAGGACUUUCAGCGCUAUUAACACAAGCAGUGGACUCUGGUUUUAUUAAGGGGUUAAAAAUGUGUCCUCAAGCUCCUAUUUUACAUCAUCUUUUCUUUGCUGAUGAUAGUUUCUUAUUUGGUGAUGCCUCGGUACAGGAAUGUCGUCGGGUGAGAACAAUUUUGAACACAUAUGAACGUGCUUCUGGACAGAAGAUAAACUUCCAGAAAAGCAGUGUGGUGUUUAGCAGAAAUGUACCAAAAGAGUUGCAAUCUGAACUUGCUACAAUACUUGAAGUAAACUGUGUAGAGGAGCAUGACAGGUACUUGGGGUUGCCAUUACGGGUUGGAAAAUCCAAGACUGCCAAAUUUCAGUACAUCAAAGAGAAACUCACAAAGAAAUUGCUGAACUGGAAGUCCAAGAUUUUAAGUUGUGCAGGAAAAGAAAUCCUCAUCAAAGCUGUUGCUCAAACCAUGCCUCUGUAUGCUAUGAAUUGCUAUUUAUUGCCAAAAGGGAUGGAGAUUGGUAUCCAACCCCAACUCAUUGGUUGCUAG